CUGAAAUAAUUAACGUAUAAAUGUAAUUACUUUGUUAAAAAAACGUCCAGUCGCUUGUUGAACACACUCACGAACAGAGCAACCGAAACUUUAAUCUAGGCAAGAUGGGAGACGUUGACCUUAUAAACAGAGAUCCAAAUGGUAUCAAUCCACAUUUAAAGUGUGCCUUCGAAGAUGUUUUGGCUGAACCAGAUGAUAUCCACAGCAUGGAUAUGUGCUGGAAACUCUCCUAUUCCUGCUUCAACUUCUGGAAGAACUGCUGCUAUCGACUAAGCACUUUCUUGUGUGGUUGCUGCAUAGCUAUGGAAUUAGGAUGUGAAUUUGCCGGCCUUGCCUUCCAACACAUUUGGUGCAUAACGCCUUGCCUUAGAAUUGUUGCCAUCAACUGCACCCCGUACCAGAAAUUGUGGGGAGUUUGCUGUAACUGCUGCAUAUCUCCAGUUUGUGAAGCUUGUGGAAUGUACUGGUCUCAAAUCAAAAUUAACAUGCAAAAGUCUUAACGAAUUAUCGGUAGUGUUUCAAAGAGAUGAUAUUCUGAAAGUUUUGAUAAUGUAAGAAUACUAGUAUAUAAUGAAUGCCUUUUAAAUUUUGCUUAACAUCAGAAGUAUUCCAGUUCCGAUUACUAUUACCUUUGUAACUUUGCAAGACAUGUUGUUAUAAAGCAACAACUCACAGCAAAACAGCAAACAUCUCUAGACUAAGACUAAUAUAUUCAAUGUAAUUUAAUGAUUAUAUUGGCGAAAACUUGUGUUUUUUCGGUUUUGUUUUUUUUAUUAUUUAUUAAUAAAUAUAUAUGUGUAACAUUGUAAA